AUGUCUUCAAGACAACAAAUUACGCCGUCUAAUGACAGCAGCCGCAAUUCCUCCUCCAAAAUACCUCGCCUGCUGCGUCAGAACUCCAAGCUUGAGUCUUCCUCAGGCAAUGAAUCGGUCCACGUGGAUGCCGUGGAUGCUGUUACUGGUGAACACAGAAGAAUAAUGUACAACAACUCCAGAGUUAUUGGCAGUGGUUCCUUUGGGAUGGUUUUUGUGGCUCUACUAGAUGGUGAACGCGAGGUUGCGAUCAAAAAGGUCCUCCAGGACAAGCGCUACAAGAAUCGGGAACUUCAAAUACUUCGUGAACUCAGGCAUCCUAACAUUGUUUCACUCAUCUACUACUUUUACUCCGUUGCAACUUCUAAACCCAAGGACACCUAUCUCAACCUCGUUCAAGAAUACGUUCCUCAAGCUCUCAGUCGUGUCAUCAAGCACUACUGGCACGUUCGACAAUCCAUUCCCAUGAAUUAUGUCAAGCUCUACGGCUUCCAAAUGAUCCGCGGUCUGGCCUACGUUCAUAGCAAAAAUAUAUGCCAUCGAGACAUUAAGCCUCAAAAUCUUCUAGUUAAUCCAGAAACUGGAGUUCUUAAAAUUUGCGACUUUGGAAGUACAAAGGUGCUUGUUCCAGGUGAACCCAAUGUCUCCUACAUUUGUUCACGUUACUAUCGGGCACCGGAGCUAAUUUUUGGAGCUACUCAAUACACCGUGAGAAUAGGUGAGUCGCGUUUGCUACUUUUGCUGAUUAGGCGACGCACUGUAGACAUGUGGUCGGCUGGUUGCGUGAUCGGUGAACUGCUCCUUGGACGUCCCCUGUUUCCGGGCGAUUCGGGUGUAGAUCAACUUGUGGAGAUUAUCAAAGUUCUGGGAACGCCGACUUUUGAUCAAGUGAAGGAAAUGAAUCCACAGUACAGCAAAUUUGUCUUCCCAGGAAUUAAGUCCUGUCCGUGGGAGAAGCUUAUCACAAAUCGUUCACAAUGCGAGGAUGCCUUUAAUCUGCUACGUGCUUUGCUGGUCUACAGUCCAUCCCAACGCCAGGCUGCUGUCGAUGCAAUGGCCUCACCAUUUUUCCAACAAGUUUUUGCCUUAUCCUCCUCCAACCACCCAUCUGAGUCCUCCUCCCUAACUGGACUACAACCCAUUGAACCCUUCAGUGAAGAAGAACUCGCUUACCUUCCUGCCACCUUGGUGGACACUAUUCGACGCUCAGGUCUGACACUUUCUUCCAAUAACCACUCCACUGUCUCCGCUCCAGCUGCAACUGCUGCCAGCACAUCCACAUAUCGAUACAGUCGUCGUGGCUCCUCAACUUAA